CGGUCCGAGCUGGUGGACGGGGAGCCCUGGGGUGGCGGCUGCAGUGGGAACCACCUUUCCCUCCUCCCCUCCGCAGAUCGCACCUGGGCGGAGCAAGCGAGUGGGGGAGCCCCGUGGAGCAGAGUUGAGCAGGGCGUGCAGGGCGAAGGGGUGUGGGCAUUGGGGGAGGGAAGGCCCCUCCCCCCGGGGCCCCGCGCGGAGGUGGACUGUCCACUUUGCAGCCCCUUCUGGGCAGAUCCUUUCGCUUGUUCCAGCCGCUUUAGCCAAUGCCGGAAGGCGAGGCUCUUUUCCCCCUUGCAACCCAGCCAUCUGAAUGGAAGAGCAGUAGCGGGAGGGAGCCUAGACUGCCAUUGCAAAAAAAAGGUGCAGCCCCCGGGGACCCCAUUUAUCCCGGUGGGGAGCACACCCGGCUGGGCUGCGUCAGGCCCGGACGCACCUCAUUUAACCCUUCUCUCUUCGGGUUGGCACACGCCCCUCCUAGCGGCGCCUGUGGCUGAGAGUCCGGCUCUCGAUUCCUACUGUACCGAUAAGAGGAGAAUUUGCAGGUUGCGUGGAUCUGGAGCCUGUAAAACCCUCUGGUCCUCCCUGUUCAAACCAACCACGUGCAGGCUUUUAGGAGCACAACCGUCUCUGCGGUUGCCUGGUGGAUAUCUCGGGCUCUCCUGUACCAACUGGGAGGAAGCUCAGCUCAACGCAGUUCCCUUUUGGGGGGGCCCACGCCUUGGCCAGACUCUCCCGCCAGAGACAUCGACUUGCAAAGGCUCCUGGGAGGAGUCCUGAGGUCGGUCCUCCCAUCUGGGGGCACCCCCGGAGCAAGGAGUUCCCUGCAGCCCAGCCUCAAGCCUCAGAGCCCCAAGGAGCACGACUGGGGAUUCCCUCUGAGCUGGCUCGGGGUGCAGCUCCUGAUUGGGGAGAGAGCGUUGGCUUCUUCUGAAUUACCUGGAUACCUGAGGUGUUUCAAAUGAAACUCGGAAGAAUUUAAAGCAAGAUGAAAGAUUCUCCAGCUUGGAAAUUGGUACUCAGCCUACAGUUUAGAGAUGUAUCCAAGCAAGGACAGGAAUAAUGAAGAGACACAUGUGCUAGCGGCAGCCUUUUGAACUACACAAGAAGGAAAUCAACGGUGUGGACAGAGCUGGAACCGUUGCCAUGCUUGUCUGUUGGAGUAAAUGAGGAAUGGGCUUGUGAUUAUGCGGACAUUCCAGCAUGAAUCUGGUAGACCUGUGGUUGACCCGUUCCCUCUCCAUGUGUCUCCUCCUACAAAGCUUUGUUCUUAUGAUACUGUGCUUUCAUUCUGCCAGUAUGUGUCCCAAGGGCUGUCUUUGUUCUUCCUCUGGGGGUUUGAAUGUCACCUGCAGCAAUGCAAAUCUCAAGGAAAUACCUAGAGAUCUUCCUCCUGAAACAGUCUUAUUGUAUCUGGACUCCAAUCAGAUCACAUCUAUUCCCAAUGAGAUUUUUAAGGACCUCCAUCAACUAAGAGUUCUCAACCUGUCCAAAAAUGGCAUUGAGUUUAUCGAUGAGCAUGCCUUCAAAGGAGUAGCUGAAACUUUGCAGACUCUGGACUUGUCUGACAACCGGAUUCAAAGUGUGCACAAAAAUGCCUUCAAUAACCUGAAGGCCAGGGCCAGAAUUGCCAACAACCCCUGGCACUGCGACUGUACUCUCCAGCAAGUUCUGAGGAGCAUGGCGUCCAAUCACGAGACAGCCCACAAUGUGAUCUGUAAGACUUCCGUGUUGGAUGAACACGCCGGGAGACCAUUUCUCAAUGCUGCCAAUGAUGCUGACCUUUGUAACCUCCCUAAAAAAACUACCGAUUAUGCCAUGCUGGUUACCAUGUUUGGCUGGUUCACCAUGGUGAUCUCAUAUGUGGUGUAUUACGUGAGGCAAAAUCAGGAGGAUGCCCGGAGACACCUUGAAUACUUGAAAUCCCUGCCAAGCAGGCAAAAGAAAGCGGAUGAACCCGAUGACAUUAGCACUGUGGUAUAGUGUCCAAACUGACUGGUGUUGAGAAAGAAAUUUGUGUGAAAUUGCAGUAGAAUACGUGGUUUACUUCUCCCACCCAUUGUAAACAUUUAAAACUUUGUAUCUCCAUUUCCUUUGAAUUAUGCCACUGUUGGUCUUUUAAUAGACAUGACAACACAUCAAAUGAUUUUAGUUUAGGUGAUCCACCCCUUAAUUGUACCCCCCGUGGUAUAUUCCCGAGUCAGCUACUAUCUGAAAUUAGUUAGCUCCAUCUCACUAUUUAAUAAUGAAAUUUAUUUUUUUAAUUUAAAACCAAAUAAAAGCUUAACUUUGAACCAU